CAAAGCUGCAAAAACUGCAACACCUUUGCGCAAUGCUAUGGACAACCUCGAUGUUGUGCGGAACACCUGGGAGUCCGAGCACCAGGAGCUGCUGCGCUCCGAGCGAGUGCUGGCGGCGUUGCGCCAGGCCCGGCAGUCCCUACAGCAGCGCCAGGCGUCGGAAACUGAAAAUGGGAGACAAUGUAGACGUCACUUGCGUAAGAGUCAGAAGCUACGUGUGCUGAGUGUGUCUAACGUAUGGUGGCAGAUAGGGGACGUGUUAGGCUGGCUAUGGCGGCUAUGGUUGUGUUGUAGACAGCAUGAGAACAAAUGUGCGAGAGCAUGCGAAAACACUCAGAGAAUUUGAAUCUGGGGAACGAGCACUGCUGAAGAAACAGACACUUCUUUAUUGUGAGGAGGAACUUGUCGAGGAAUGUGCCAGCCUUCGCGAAGAGGUGGCGCAAGACCCCCGAGUGGCCGCAUGUGUGGCAUUGGAGCACGAAAUUGAGGCGCUUCAGGCGUCAUUGGAAAGCUUCGGCCCCAAGAAGUUUGCGCUGGUACGUGAACAGCAAGCGCAGCUCCAGGCAUUUGAAGCUAGCAAAGCUCAAGAAGCUGAACUUCGACAAGAGUUGAUGGGUUUGGACAAGGUUGAACAAGGUCUUCAGAACGACUUGCAUGCUGUGAGGGCCAAGGGCACCGAAGUGGAGCAGCAGGCCAAAUCAUUGGUGGACUCUGAGGUGCUUCUACGUGCCGAAGCCCAAGCGCGAGAGCUCCAAAUGGACCUUCAGGCGGCCGAACUGGAGGCUUCACAGAUGAGGCAAAAGUUAGCCGAGUCCUGGGUGACCGAUGGGGCGAAUCGGAGUAGUGGGGAUCUGGAGAAUUUGGAAGAGAUGGAACGUGCACUUCAGUGGCUCGUGAAGACACAACAGGCCGCCGACAGUGAGAGGCAGUUGGUGGAGCGCUUGGAACGCAAAGAAGCCGGGCUUCAACGGCGCUUGCGUGAAGUGAGCCAGGAGAAAGCCAACUUGACCUCGAUGAGGGUGGAUUUGGGGGAUGCUGGCAAAGCCAUGCGAGAAACUAUGGCAUCCCAAAGCGAAGGAUAUGUCAAAGAGCUUGCGAGCUUGGAGGAAGCGAGGCGCAUCACCUUUUCGGAUCGAGUGAAGUUGAUGCAGGACUGUGCAGAUUUGCAGGACAAGCUUGACAGCAUGCGGUCCGCCGAAGCAGGUGGUGCUCUCUUGCGCGGUCGCCAUACGAAAUUGCAGGCUACUUGCCGCAGUGUUGCAGACCAAAGCCAACGCUUGCGAGACAUGAAUGCAGUACUUGGUGCUUUGCUGCUUGGUGAUGAGCUGGAAGUUGAUGAUCGUAUUUCAGACAUGGAUGCAGAUGAGACAACUGUGGUGAUGCGUGUCCUAACACUUCUCAAGAAGUUGCUGGACCGGCAGGACUCAUACCACAGGGAGAAAGAGCAACUGUCAGAGAGGAUCCGAAGCCUAGAACGUGCAGCGGCUUUGCCAGGUUCUGCUGACAGAAGUGCAGAAAGUCCCGCCGAGGUUGCAGAUGCACCUGGACUAGCAUCAAGCAUCAAAUCCCGCGUGGCGCAGUGGCGGGAUGUAUUGACGCAAAAUGUUCGCCGCUGCGCUACGGUUGUUCCGAGCUUUGGGGUGUUCUUACUCCUGUGCCAAAAUUGGGUCACUAAACACCACAGGCAGCUUUUGGAGAUGCAAUUUUUAAGUCAGAGCUUUGUCAUGCUUCAUCAUUUGACUUUGAUCACUCUUCUGAACUUGUGCUGACUCAUCUCCUCACACUCAAGACAAGUCAAUGAAGGCAGCAAUGUCCAUCAAUCGCGUGCUAUGCUUUGCCCGCCAGCCCUCGGCUUCAUCAGCGGCACGGCAUGUCGUUUGAGUCGUGGAGA